UCUUAAUUCUGUGAAUUUUUCUGUGAGCAUGUGAAUUUUUCUGAAGCAGCCUGUGAUGCCUACUUCUACAGCAUUAUUGUUUAAUAGUGUGUUUUCUAAUUUAUUAAUACUUCUUUUUCUAGUUCACCAAAUAGCUUCAGCUUCCUGGUAUUCCUUGUACUCCUCAGUAUAUGGAGAACUUGAGGGGAUAUCUGAGGGCAGAGCAGCUUCAGCAGAAGGGUGGGAGAGCUUUCAUUCUCCAUGGCAGAGCAGCCCAGAGACCACACUGCAGCACUGGGGCAGCAUGGACCUGAAGCUCCUGACAAAGAAGAUGGUGUGACCUUUCUGUGAUACCACAAUCGCUGUGUGCAGUUACAGUAACAGCACUACCACUGGAAUGGGGGUCAUGACAAAGAGACAAACCAUGGAUUCAGUAUUUGUGCCUGAAAAUGGCUACCUUGAUUUACUGCACAGUGAUAUUGACCCAGUGCAUCUGUGUACUUUCUUUGAUCCAAAGUCAUCUGGAGAUGAAGAAGGUGACUUCUCUACAGAUCUUGAAGUUGAUGCCAGCAACUAUGAACAGUUCAAUAAUAUGGAUUUCCCAUAUGAAAAUGGAGAUGGGUUCUACCCCUGUUGCAACACCACGGAUGCUUAUGCUAAAAUGGCUGAAUUAGUAGAAUAUGUGCUCAAGGAUCAGCAGGAGAAGCAGGUUGAAGACAUUUUUGCAGGGAACCUUAUUUUGGAUGACAUUGCUGCCGAAAACACUGAGAAAUUUCCUGACAUAAAGAUGCAGUCAUGUCUCAAACGAACUUUCUUAGGCUCUGCAGCAGAGAGUUACUAUGACGCUUCAGAACCCAAAUAUAAGAAAAUUGUGGAAGUCCCCGCAGCCUCUGCAGGGAGUGGCAGUUUCUUUGCUAUGCCUCUCAACAGCCACCCAGUGAGCUGCACCUCCCUAACCAACCAGCACAUGUCCUGUUCUGUUCCUGCUGCCCACGGGCUGGAAAGGAGCCUCAUCAUUCCUGGAUUGUCAGAACCUUUGACCUCAGAGUGCCUACCAGCCAGUGUAAAAGGGUACCAAGAGAAUCCAGGCUUGGUAGGUGCGCCUCAGCAGAUAUUUAAUUUUGUUCUUGAAAAUGGCACAUCUGAAGUUAUAGUAUAUCCAGUGCUGACAUCUUCCAUGGAAACAUUCAUGUCUCCAGUUUUUCCAGUUAAUUUAUGUGCACAACAUACGUAUACCACCAGCCCUGGAAUUCCCGAUGCAGCAGUAGCAGGUAAAUAUUUAGAGAAAUUUCAAGAAGUUCAAGAUUCCAUAAUUCCUUCUGAAGAACCUUUCAAAAGACCAGAGCAAGUGGAAACUUUCUGUUCAUCCCUUAAGGAUUAUUUCCGAGACACGUGCAAAUCUGUGACCAUGGAGCGGGAAGUAAAUCUGGAUCACCUGUUCAUUGAUGGGACACUUGUUCAAAGUCAAACUGAAAGCAAGACUGGAAAGAACAGUGCAAAAGCAAUGGAAAAGGAGCUGGUAACCUGCAGCCUGCAAGAGAAGGAAAAGACAGCCAUUGACAGAAGCCAAAUAUUUCAAAUCCCACAGCGUAAAGACUUAGAGACUAAAGUGAUUGUGGUGCUGGGAAAAGCAGGAAUGGGCAAAAGCAUUCUCGUUCAGAAGAUCUGCCAGGACUGGUCCAACGGAGAGUUUUCUCAGUUUGAAUUUGUAUUUUGGUUUGACUGCAAAAUAAGCUUGCCUGAGAAGCAAUACAGCCUGAAGGAACUGCUGCUUGAAUUUUUUGUAAAGCCUCAAGAGGGAAGCAAAGAGAUCUUUGAGUAUAUGUUGCAAAAUCCUGAUAAAGUCCUUCUGAUUUUUGACGGUUUUAAAGGGUUGCACGAUCAUGAGAAUUUUCCUCGUUGCUCAGCCAGCCAGCCUGAAAAGGAUUUGUGCAGCAUAAAGGAGCUGCUUUCAGGACUCAUCCAGAAAAAGAUACUCAAUGGCUGUACUUUAUUAUUUACAGCAAGGCCAAAAGACAAACUGUACCAGUUCAUGUCCAAAGUAGAUAAGACUAUUGAAAUUGUAGGAUUUUCCCCUCAGCAGAGAGAAUUGUACAUAACCAAAUACUUUGAAGAAUCACUCUACUGUGAUAGUGCACUGAAAUUAAUCAAAGAGUGUGAGUACUUGUUCAGUCAUUGUUACAGCCCUGUUAUGUGUAGAUUUGUUUGUUUUCUCUGUGAGACAGUGCUUGAAAUGGGAGAGAAAAGUCUUCCUUCAACUCUUACUGAAGUCUUCCUGAAAUUUUUUCAGCAGAAGAUAAUGUUUAUGCAAACAGAUGUUACAAAUGUUACAACCACAAAAAAUCAAGAGAAUCUUGUUACCCUAGCUCGUGUAGCCUGGUGUCUUGGAGAAAAGCACCAAAGUGCCAUGAAAAGUGAUCUUAUUCCUUCUAAGGAAGUUAAAGAGUUUGCUCUGAAGUAUGGGUUCUUCCUGCCAUUUGCAUUCCCCAGACAUUCAGAUAGUGAAGAAGAGGAAUUUGGGUGCACAUUCUCUGAUUUUGUCAUUCAGAAUUUCUUGUGUGCGCUUCACCUUUUAUUAGCAGAAGAGCUCAAGGAUAAAAAUCUAACAAAGUACCUGUCUUUUCUAUCCAAGAAGAAAAAACCUUAUAACUGGUUAGAUUUAAUGCCUCGGUUUGUGGCUGGUUUGAUGUUUCUCCAGGAUGAUCCCUGCUUCUGCUCUCUUUCAAAUGAGGAUGAAAAACAGUCAACCAAGAAGCAGAAGACCCUCUUGAAAUACAUUAGAAGGCUGCAGAUUGAUACUCUCUGUCCAGAGAGGUUGCUGGAGCUUUUAUGUUGUGUUUAUGAAACCCAGAACAAUUAUCUCCUGCAGCAUGUGGCCUUAAGGCUGGAGCCAAAGUUGUCUUUUCUGGGCAUAGCUCUUACACCACCUGAUGUCCAUGUACUGCACUCUGUUUUGAAAAGGUCAAGAAAAGAGUUUUCCUUGGAUUUGCAGAACAGCAGCAUUGACAUGCCAGGGCUGCAGGCCUUGGUCAGCCUGAGGAAUGUGACAUCGUUCAGGGCUUCCCUCAGUGACACAGUCAGGCUCUGGAAAUCUUUAGAGCAGACAAAAGACUACGAACUGCUGAAAGCAUCCACAGAGAAAUUUGUUCUUGAUCCCUUUAAGGCAAAGACAAUGAAGGACAUCAGUGACCUCUCCGACCUUGUAGAGAUGCAGGAGAAGAUGAUGAAUUGUGUGCAGGAAGCAUCUGGUUGCACCAGCUAUGAAAUUCCUGCCAUCAGAAACCUCAGAAAACUGGAAUUUGCGCUGGGUCCAGCAUGUGGCCUUCAAGGAUUGCUAAAACUCGUGAAAAUUCUUGCAGCAUUUCCAUCACUUCAGCAUUUAGACCUUGAUGCUCUGAGUGAAAAUGGCAUAGGAGAUGAAGGAGCAAAGAGUCUAUCUGAAGUCUUUCCAACCCUGACAUCACUGGAAACAUUAAAUUUAUCACAGAAUAAAAUAACAGACCUGGGUGCAGAGAACCUUGCUGCAGCUCUCCCUUCCUUGUCUUCCUUAAAAACACUAAGCUUGUACAAUAACAACAUUUGCGAUUUUGGAGCAGAAAAUCUGGCAAAGGUUCUUCCUGCAAUGACAUCUUUAAGAGUGCUAGAUGUUCAGUAUAACAAAAUAACUGGUGUUGGAGCCCAGCAGCUGACUGACAGCCUACGAAAAUGUCCCCAAAUGAAGAACCUGGUGAUGUGGAAUCCCACCAUUCCCUAUGGAGUUCUUGAACACCUUCACCAGCUGGACUCCAGGAUCAGUGUGUAGAUUCAGAGGAUUCCAUAAAGGUUUCAUGAAGAAGAGGGGAGGGUGUCCUCUGUCCUUUCCUGUCUUCUUGCUGCUUUAUGAAUUGGUGUCCUCAUGUUUGUUGCAAAAAAUAACAUUUCAGUUUCUAAGCGAUGCUUAAAUUGGAUGACUUAGAGAGUUCUAAAAUGCUAUUCAAAGACCCAGCUGUAUUUCUACUUAAGUAGUAAAAAUUAAGCAACAUCAAAGAUGAAAAGAGCACCUGGAUACUGUGACCACCAUUAAGAGACCAGGAAGCACAAGGAUAUUGUGAGUAUAAAAUUCCAUCAAGUUAUCGAAGAGCAAACUGAAAGCUGCUCAACCUGCAACAUCUGAAGCACUGACAGAUCAAAUCUGAUUGCUGAUUUCAUGGUGCCAGUGGUAACUGCCAUCAAAUUUGGUCUGAUGAUUUUGGACUUCCAAAGCUCAGGGUUACACAUUUCACCUCUCUGUAUGGACUGAUUGGAAGCACUAGGGUGAGAAGCAUAAAAAAGAGCCAUCAGCCCUAGAAAGUGUUCUCAUAAGAUUAUCCACAAGAUUCUAGAAAUUGCUAUUUUCUUCACUAGUAAUCAGUGCUGCUUUAAGGGAUAGAAAUGUAUCUUCUAUGACUUGUUACAGAAUCCUUCAAAAAGAUUGGGGAAAAAAAAAGUAAUGAGAAGAAAGAAAUUGAAAGUGUAAAAUGAUGAAGCAUUAUUCUAAAAUUAUUGCAGAAAUCCAAAUAGAUAAAAAUAGCCAGUUUAUGGCAGACAAAUCCUCAAACAAUUUUUGAAGGUUUUUACUUUGUCUCAAAUGAGAACUCUGAAUUCACAUACCUGGAUUGGUAUUUAAUUUCUUAAAUGCAGCUGGGCAGCAUAAAUGUUUACAAGCACCAGUUUUAUACUUGACAGUGAUAUCACUACUGUGUGUGGUUUCUGUGGCCUUCUGGCUCGGAGUUAUGAGUAACCAGGCAAUCAACAAAAGCACAUCUCAAAGCACUAUCAUGUCUAUGCUGCUGGUCUCAGUCAUAUGUGGGCCAAAUAUUCAUCCUGCUGACUGCAACAGCAAACCAUUUGUCUCUUUUAUUCUUUUAUUUCUGCUCUGUGAACAUGAAGAGAAGUUAAAAUUGGACAGAGGCAAUUGUCAGGAGCAGGUCAGGAGCACCAUUCUGGCUUCCCAUCCAGAUAAAGUCUGAGACAGAACAACAAAAAGGGAUGGAAAAACCUAGGAAUGCUCAAAAUGCUACAAAUUGAGAAGUCUUUACUUCACAGUUAGCUCAGGGUUAGUUCAACAACCUCUUUGAAAUCUCUUCUGCUAGGAAGCACUGCCAAUACUGACCCAAGGAUCUGUGCAAACUAGAAUCUCUCAACUAACCUCUCAAAUGCUCUGUUUCUUGGUCCUUAAAAAUUCAGAUUUAAACAGCUCAAAAUCACAACAUUCAUUUUCUUUCCAGCAAGUUCUACUCCUCUGCUUAAGUUUCAGUGCCUGCAGAAUCUUGACAGCAGGGAUGUGGACAAAUUAAAGAGAGUGAACAAAUUAAAGAAAGAAGGGAGAAAGGAAGGUCUGUUUGUUGUUUCUGAGAGCAGGGAAUCAGACAUAAGGUGUAGAGGAAGAGAGAGCCAGGAGGAAAAACCCUGUGGAGAAUAUGAUUGUAAUUACAAUUUGUAUUUUUCUCAACUAUCUGCAUGGUUCUUCUUUAUAGUCAAACUCUAGCCAGAGCCAUGGAUAAAAAUCUUAUUUAUCUUCUCCUCUUGGAGCUGCUUGAAUGGGAGGUAGUUUGAGCCAAAUGUGGUGGGAUAUUCCCAUCAGCCUGUGGCACUCCAGCCAUGCAGAUCCUUGUCUUGACCUCUCCUAGCUAAGCUUUGGAUGACAAAUGCCCUUUAGGGAUAUUUUCUGCAGCUGCACUUUACCAUGACUGAGUCUCAGAAUGUGCUAAAUAUUCCACAGGCAGCUGAAUGUUGCAGGAUGAUGUCUGGACUACUAAAAUCAUGUUGGCUGUACUGCUGUUCUCUCAGUUAGUGGGAAUGUAUGUUUAUAAUGUACAGGUUGUAAAUUUUGAUACAGUGUUUUGGUUGUCUUUACACAUCUUUUUUAAAGUAUUAAUAAA